AGCGCAGCGAGGGGGCGAGAAAGUUCGUGUUUUUCAACAUCCCCCAGAUCCAGUACAAGAACCCCUGGGUGCAGAUCAUGCUCUUCAAGAACAUGACCCCCUCGCCCUUCCUCCGCUUCUACCUGGACAACGGAGAACAAGUUUUGGUUGAUGUGGAAGAGAAAACCAGCAAAGAAAUAACAGAGCACAUUAAAAAAAUCUUGGGGAAAAGCCAAGAAACACUUGAAAAAGAGGAAAGGGAAAAGAAAAAACUAUCACAUCCGGCAACUUUUGGAUCCAAGAAGUAUCAUCUGCGAGAAUGCAUGUGUGAAAUUGAAGGCCAAGUUCCCUGCCCUGCUUUUGUGCCACUGCCCAAAGAGAUGAGGGGAAAAUAUAAAGCUGCUACAAAGGAUGAAGCAUCAGCUUGACAUCUGAAGCCAUGCAGUUUUUCCUCAGGGCUGGAUGAUCUCACUUCAGUGAGAGAAAGACCUAACAGCUGCGGGACACAGGGACAAGUUCAGAUAAUACAGACAACCUCGUCUGAGUUUUCUUACUGCUACAACCAGAAUAAGUGAAAAAAUAAAUAAAAGUUGAAAAUUCAGCUUUUUUGGUGCCAGUUUGACAAAGCAUUGCAGUCAACAAUGCACACAAGGAAAAGAGAAUGACUAGAGCCGUUUCCUACUCCUGUAUAAGGUUAUGGCAAAACCAGGACCAUGUUAGCUAUAAAAAGUUACAUCUUCAAAGCAGCACAGAAUUCCACAAUGUAUAGAAAGUGGCACAGUGGUCUAAAAGUGUUUCUGCUGAUUUCCAUCGUGUACUAGCUGAAGAUGGCCAAAUCAUAAUGUAACUCCAGGCUCAAACUACAGAAUAAGUUUUAUUUAGUCAUUUAGUUACCACUCAAAAGUCUAAUUUAGAGCAAGAUGUAACUUUCUCAGUCGAUAACUGGCAGCUCUGAGAAGCACUGAUCAAGUCAAGAAUGUCAGCAGGAAAGACCAUGUAAGUAGGUACUUGAAAUAUAAGCUUUACAAUUAUCUUUAUUGUCAUUCAAAAAAAUUCAAAGCUCCUCUUAAAACAAUUACUUAAACAGUCUUCCUUAAGAGACAUACAAGGGAAAACUGUGUCUAGAUAUAUCAAUUUCCAGCAAGUUCUAGCCAGCAAGUCCACUAUGCUUCACAGUCCAGUGCUGUAACUCCUCUUAACCUCAAACACUCCUGCUCCCUGCACGUGGUCAAAAACCCCAUCUAAAUCAUUGCAGCUUCUGCCUUGCCAAACAGUUACGCUACACAAGACACACUGUACUCUGUUGCUUGGAAUCUGGUUAUUGCACUUACCUUUAAGUCAGGCUGUAGCACUAUAUUUCAGCUUUUCUGAGCUAAUGGUCAAGUACAGUAUUUCACACUGAUGGAAGUGUCCUGUAAAAACUGUCAAGGACAAACAGCACAAAAUAAACAUGUUGUUUUAUUUCAUCUCUGUUUACAAAGUUUCCAUACAUGCAGAGUAGUGCAUGCAGUUUAAGCAAAACUUAAUGCUAGUUACUGAGCUUUAUGGUAAGAUGUCUUCAUUCCUUGAGCCUCAGAGCAGUCCAAACACCAGCAUAAGGCCUUCACUUUGGAAAUGACUUUAGUAUCACGUCUAGUCUAUCACAUUUAACACUGACAAAGACCAUGAGGUAUGCUAGUCUGUUACCUGCUUGCAAAAAUACAUUACAUGUACAAUAAGGAUACUGUAUUAGUGUAUUAGACUGAAAAUACAAACAAGGCAGGAUAGAUGCAACAAGGAAAAAAA